AUGCUUGCCAUACUGAGAGGCGAGAAAAUUGUGUAUACCAGGUCUGAGUGUGCAAGGAUACCCAACUCUAGCCAUCUGAGCACCAUCUCCAGCAACAGCACAGGAUACGUCUCUGAUCGGCCUCUGAUAGGCAUACUAACGCAGCCGGGCAACCCAGCCCCGGGCAACCAGUCGUACAUAGCGGCCUCCUACAUCAAGUUUGUGGAGUCGGCUGGCGCGCGCGCGGUGCCGAUCCCGUACGACGCCCCAAGAGCCGAGGUGCAGCGGCUGUUCCGGGCCGUAAACGGCGCGCUCAUUCCCGGGGGCGGCCAGAACCUGAGCCCCCACCACCCCUUCUUCGACACCUCGGCCCUUUUACUCAACCUUUCCAUCGCCGCCAACGACGCCGGAGACUUCUUCCCGCUGCACGGCACCUGCCUGGGCUUCGAGGCGCUGGCGGUGAUUGUGUCGGGCGACGGCCGCGCGCUGACUAAGUUCGACUCGUAUGACAACGCCUCGCCACUGGUGCUCACCGAGGACGGCAAGAAUGACAGCACGUUCUUCGGCGCGUUCCCUCCAGAGGUUCUGCGCGGCCUGCAGGAGCAGCCGCUUGCCAUGGAGAACCACGGCAAGGGACUGGCAAUGAGCACAUACGAGGGGAGUGAGCGGCUGAAAGACUUCUUUGUGGUGACGUCCUUGAGCUCUGACAGGCGUCACGCUGUCUAUAUAUCAACCAUGGAGGCCAGAAAGUAUCCCAUAACUGCAACACAGUGGCACCCGGAGAAGAACUCAUUUGAAUGGGCAAGAAAAUUGCAGAUUCCACACUCCUCUUCUGCGGUGGAGGUGACACAUGCAGCUGCCAAGUAUCUAGUGGACCAAGCCAGGAAAAACACACACUCACCUGCCAGUCAGCAAGAGGAGGAGGACAUCCUGAUCUACAACUACCCCACAACGUACACCGGCAAGGGGGAUCCUGGCCACCCUGGGAAGGAGUCAGACUUUGAUGAGUGCUACUUCUUUGAGCCUUACAAUGCAAGCUCCCUGCCUGCGGCCUCUUGACUCAUUGGGGUGUGAUUUGUUUGCAAACAAAUCUGAGGACAGCAGCUUCCUCUCGAUGUGCUAGUAAUUACAUUCUACCUAUUACGUCUAAUUGUUGAUGCCAAUGACUUGUGCCACACGGUAAGACGCAGAUCUGGAUCUUGACAUAGAUUUAUUCAGACCUCAUCUGUUACAGUACUGAUCGAU